GUUUGGUUUUCCCACAGAAGGACAUUGGUGGUUUGCUGGCCUACAGCCUGAAGAUCUGCAUGUCCCUCAUGCAGAACAAGAAGUUUCGUAACGAUGUUCUCAGAGUUCUCGUCAAGCUGUACAUGAACCUGGAGAAGCCUGACUUCAUUAACGUUUGCCAGUGUCUGAUUUUCCUCAACGACCCUCAAGCUGUGAGCGAUAUAUUGGAGAAGCUUGUGAAAGAUGAUAACCUCCUGAUGGCCUAUCAGAUCUGCUUUGACCUGUAUGAAAGUGCCAGCCAGCAGUUCCUGUCCUCUGUCAUUCAGAACCUGCGGACCGUAGGCACACCCAUCCCCGCGGUGCCCGGAUCCACCAACACCGGUACUGUGCCCACCCAAGAGAAAGACAG